GCGCGGUGCUCCGUAUUGUGCGGCCGGGCGACGCCGGGUCCCGGGAUGGUCGGGCGCCUGGUCCACAGUGUGGCGACUUGCGCGAACCCCGGCCGGCGGCCUACGGACUUCGCGGAAAGAACUCAACUUCCCGCCAGUCAAGUCCUCGAGUGGGCCGAGAGAUUUAUCUGGGGCCCCCUUCGCGUUUCCCGUUUCCGGCGGGCCUGCCGGCGCCCCGCCAGCGUGCCUCCGCAGAAUGGCCGGGCCGCGCGCGCAUUCAGAGGCAGAGAC